AACAAAAAUAUGUUCUUUGAACGUCUGAAUAUUCACAUACCAAUAUUGAAAACUGUAAAAUACUAUGUUAUAGUAAUAAUAUGUUAUAAACAAUAAACAUAAAAUUUAUUUUAUUUUUCAUACAACGCAUCCGCUCUACAUUUCGACGAGGUCCAGUUGUAGUUUCCGAAUGUCGGUAUUAUCCGCCAGAUUCCGUUGUCGGUUUGGUUUUUUAUCCAUGACAUAAUAAUAUAUUAUCGACGUGUUAUUUUUCCAUGUUUUUCUCUUCGAUCUGCUCUUGUUUCCAUGACCGUCACCGUCGGUUAUCAAUGUCGCGCGUCGUUAAUCGUUAUCAUCUCCUAUUUUCACGUCGUCGCCGUCGUCGGUGGAACCACUCAACCACUGGAACCGCGGCUUGCGUUAUAAUUCAAGGCGGCCUCGUCGCGGUUCGUAUUUCACACGGCACCGCCGUCAAUGUCAACAAUUAUUAUUAUUGAUCAUUCGAUCGUUGUCGUCUAUUAACUAUUGUGAAUUAUAAUCCGGUCACGUUUUUUGAUGGCUCCGUGCCCUCACUGGUAAAAUACCGUUCACGAAGUGACACCGAAUUUCCGGCCAUGGAGGAGCUUGCGUGCGUCCGGUGCAUGAGCUCCAAGUUCCGGAACCCGAACCUCGUGUUCAGCUUCAACGUGUGCGGGCAUACCAUGUGUGCAAAUUGCAUAGAAGUGGCGUUCAUGAAAGGUUCUGGUCCCUGCCCUAAAUGUCUCAUUCCUCUACGGCGUAAUGGUUUUAAACUUCAGCAGUUUGAAGACGCUUCAGUUGACGUGGAAGUGGAAACAAGAAAAAGAAUAUUGCAAGAUUUCAACAAAACUGAAGAUGAUUUUGAAUCUUUAGAUGAUUAUAAUGAUUAUUUAAUAGAAAUUGAAGAUAUUAUUUACAAUUUAGUUAGAAAUAUUAAUGUAGUUGAAACAAAAGAACGUAUUGAUCAAUAUAAAAGAGAAAAUAAAGAAAUAAUUAUGAGGAACAGAAUGAAAUCAAAGCGUGAAGAACAAGCCUUAGAUGAUUUAAUUGAAGAAGAAAAGAUGCAUACUCAGUAUAAAAGAGAUGAAGUUUUAAGAGAUGAAGCUGAACAAAGAACUAAAAAACUUCGAGUAGAUUCUGAAUUGAUUGAUAGUUUAGCACGUUCUAAUUCUGAUGCUAGAGACAUUGUUAACACUUAUACACAUAAAAAAGAAGAAAUUCCUGUCCCGAAACCAAAACCUAUUUCUAAAUCUAUAAACUUCACCAAGUUUUCAACUGGUGUCAAAUUCAAUCAGUCUUCUAUAUCAAUCUCAAUAAAAGAAGGUCCAUUAUUCAAAUAUGAGCCAGUUUCUCAUCAACUUAAUGGUCCUUCCUGUCCAGAUAUUACGCAAUUAGAUUCAUUAGGAUAUAUGAAAUACAUCAGAAGAGAAAGUUCUCAAGAACUUGCUGGUGGAUUUUUAAUAAAAACAUCCUGCUUGCAUUAUGUUCAAGAAUGUGUAUCAGCAUUGUAUGAAAGAAAGACUGGUAAAGUAUAAUAAAUUAAUUUAAAUUCCAAUUAUGUGUUCAUUACCAAAGCUAUACAGUUGUAUUAAUUAAUUUAUAUGUUAAGUUACUUAGUAUUUUAAGACCUUAUUUAUAUGUAUAUAUUUUAUUUUUAAUGUCAAUGUACCUUUAUACAAAUUACAAAUAUAUAUUUUUUUAUGUGUACA